UUCCCUAUCACCUGUCAGUCCGGACCCUCUCUUAUCGUCUGCGUGAGAAAAUUCGAACUUUCGAACGUGCAUUGUGUUCGAGUUUCCGGCACGGUCCAGCUCUCUUUUUUCCACUUCGUAUAAGGAUACAGUGUUGUGAUUUUCAUCUGUGAUUGUGCACACAAUGGGAAUAUAUGCAGAUAAACUGGAUUUUGUUAAUUGACCAUCGCGAUCUUUGUGUGAUAGAUGAAACGCAGAGGAUUCAGUUUCAAGUAGGUGACGCGAUCUGGAAAGUAUUGUUCGACAGUUCGAAAUUUUAUUUUGGAUUCGGUGGCGGCACCUUGUCAUGGAAUGUCCGAGUGCGUCUGAGGAUUAUUUCUUCUAAAAAUUAGAAUGCUGAACAUGUGUACGCAGGAAUAAUUGCCAUGCCGCACACAACUUCUAACGAAGUCGUUGCCCCAUCUCUAGGGGCACUAUCAACGGUUGAUGUAUGGGAAGAUCCCCGAAGUCUGACUACAUUCAGCACAUUCCAUCAUUUAAAUGGAAAGAAUAAUUCAACUUUCUCGGAAACAUCAUUUCAUUCAUCACCAAAAGAAAGUGUUUCCACUGACAACAGGCAAAAUAGAUUUGUCGAAGAACAAAAAACAAAUGGGAUUAAUCAUUUUAAUUGCAAAGCUGAAAAUGGCAACGGCUCUGUUAAUGGACAAUCAGAUUCUUUUUCCAAGAACAAUCUCGCAAUUCCUUUCAGCAAACAGAAAACGAGUCCGAAAUUCGGAAAAUCUGUGAAGCCCGUCACUCCUCCGCCAAUUCUUAAUCAAAAAUUAAGAAUUGAACGAUUGAAUGGAAAUUGUAGUUUUGACGACACUCAGAAGGAUCAAAAUAAUGUAACAACCUCUUGCAACAAUUCCAACAAUGGAGUUGAUAAAACUGGUGGAAGACAAUCAUCGCCUUUAGCAAAUUUUUUGCAAACAACACUCGAUGGAGCUAACGGAGAGGAAUUGAAUCAAACAAAGGAAAAUGGUGGGAGUGAACCGGAGAGAAACACCGAUGAGGUGACGAUUAAUUUGGGUGCAACAGAUAAAAGAUUCGGAUUUUCCGUCGUCGGUGGAUGUGAUGAAGGCUUCGUACCCAGAAUUGAAAACAUUACGCCAGGGUCCCCAGCCGACCGGGCGGAUCUGGAGGUGGGCGACGAAAUCCUGGAGGUAAAUGGACGCUCCCUCGACAACUGCACCCACACAGAAGUCAUCUCGCACAUCCACCAGUGUAUACGAUCCAGGACGAUAUGUCUGAGGGUGAAGCGCAAAAUGAGCCACAAACUGGCUUUGGAUUUAGGUCAAACUUCUAAUGUGCAAGAUGCCUUCGUCAUUGCCGUGGAACAGCAGGCCAGGGAACGUCUGGAAAAAUUGUCUGCUCUUAAAAAAAUCAAGCCAGUGGAUAUGACAAAGCUUUCCCAGGAACUGAAUGAAUGUACAAACAGCACUCGAGAGCUGAACGGUGUCAUCGAAAAUAAUCCUAUUUAUGUUACCACUGUGCCUGAAAUCCAUAAUGCGACUUUAGAACGUGUGAAAAAAGACCAUCUUGAUAACUAUGUUAACAGUACUUCCACACCACAUGGUGAUAAGAGCAUCCAUGAACAAACUAUGCAAGGACUGAAUGGUCACAGUCAAGUUGGAAUUGUUGACCAUGAUACCCAUGAUCAAGAAUUAGAACUUACCCAAGAAAUAAUAGAUAAAGAAAGCUACGAUGACGCCCUCUCACCAUCUUCACCUGAAACUCCACCUCGUGAAAGACUUCUUGUUGAAUCCCAAAACGGAGCAGAUUGUGUAACGAAUCGUUUUUCGGAAUUAUGUGUUUCGGUUGAAACUUUAUUGCCAAAUUUACCCGACAAACUCAAAUCUUCGCCAAAUGAUAUCCAUCAGCAAAGGCAACAGUUGCCAAGUAUUAAACAAUCUGUAGUUAGUGACCAAAAUUUAUCAAAAGUAAAUUGUUCGGUUUUAUCCAAAAGUCAUCCUUACAAACCAAAUACUGUAGAUUCUGAACUUAGAACUCAUCGGGAAAUGGCAGUAGAUGUGCCAGACUCUUUUGUUGGUGUCGCCAAAACAUCUCCUAGAUAUCCACCUCAAAAAGUCAACGAUAGAGGUAGUUUUAAGCGUGAAGGCCAUCCUGAAUUUUUUAUAAAUAGUUCUGGUGAUAGUUCUUCUAAUGAAAAUGAUCCAUCAUCUAAAAUGAAUUCUGUGACCCGUAAAAGUGUUUCUAGUUUCAAAAGCAACUUGGAUAAUAAUGCCAUUCCUAAAGUUACUGUUGAUUCCAGUGAUUAUGAUAAUAAAAACUUGGAAGAUGCUAGUGAGGAGCAGUUAGAAAGGAUACGUAAAUAUCAGGAGGAUAUACGCAGAAGGAAAAUAGCUGAAGAAAAGCAAGCUAAAGAAAAUGAAUUUCUUCGCAAUUCUCUACGAGGAUCUAAGAAAUUGCAAGCUCUUGAAGCUAAUCCUCCUCAGUCAGUAAAACGUGGUGUUGAGAAUACUGCAUUUGAGCUUGAAGAAGAAAGCAGUAGUCAGUUGGAAGGAACGAAGAAAACACCUGAACUUGCUAAAACAUUUGGUGCAUCAGAGCUGCUUCAGAGUUUAUACAGAUUAAGUUCAAGUUUGCAAGGCAAUGGUCAUAAGGAUUCAGAUUUAAUGUUAGUUGAAAGUCUGAUCCAGAAUGCUGACUUCCAAAAUAUUCUUGCUAUCCAUAACAAAGUUCAGGAAGUUUGUUGUUUCAAAUGCCCUCCUACUCCUGUUUCUACUGAAGCACAAGAUAUCACGCAAGAGGUUAUAAAUACACUUCAAGAAAGCUCAUCCCCAGAAGCAGCUGAACUAGUCGAUAUUUUGAGCAAAUUUGAAGUGGAAGGCUUAAUAUAUGCCCAUGACAAAGUAGCCGAAAGACAAGCAGUGCCAACUAUAACACCAGAUGAAGAGUUACUUGAUCGUGCAUCUCAGUACACAGAAGAAAGCGUAAAGAUUGUUAGGAUAGAUAAAACUAAUGAACCUUUGGGUGCAACUGUUAGAAAUGAAGGAGAAGCAGUAGUAAUUGGUAGAAUUGUUAAAGGUGGUGCUGCAGAAAAGAGUGGUCUUCUACAUGAGGGAGAUGAAAUUUUAGAAGUAAAUGGUGUAGAGAUGAGAGGGAAGUCUGUCAAUGAUGUUUGUGACAUUUUGGCUACUAUGAAUGGCACCUUAACAUUCCUUAUUAUUCCCACACAACAAGAAGCCAAGAAAAAUUCGCAAAUGGAAGCAGUGAUGCAUGUAAAAGCUCAUUUUGAUUAUGACCCAGAUGAUGAUUUAUAUAUCCCAUGCCGAGAGUUGGGAAUUUCAUUCCAAAAAGGCGACAUCUUACACGUUAUUAGUCAGGAUGAUCCUAACUGGUGGCAGGCAUAUCGGGAAGGUGAAGAAGAUCAGGCUCUAGCUGGUCUAGUGCCUAGCAAAAAUUUUCAGCAGCAGCGCGAAUCAAUGAAACAAACAAUCAUUGGUGAAGCAAGUAGUAAAGAAAAAACAAAAAAAGCUGGUAAAUUCCUUUGUGCUAAAAAGUAUCAUAAAAAGAAAAAGAAGAAGUUAUACAAUGCCAAUGAAGAUCUUGAAGGAGAUCAAAUUUUGACCUAUGAAGAAGUUGCUUUGUAUUAUCCUCGAGCUAAUCGUAAACGUCCAACUGUCCUCAUUGGCCCUCCAAAUAUUGGUCGUCAUGAGCUACGGCAGCGAUUGAUGGAAGACACAGAACGCUUUGCUGCUGCUGUACCACAUACUAGCAGAGCCAAAAGAGAUAGUGAAAGUGAUGGAGUAGAUUAUCAUUUCAUUUCUCGAUCACAAUUUGAAGCAGAUAUAACAGCUGGUAAAUUUGUUGAACAUGGGGAAUAUGAAAAGAACUACUAUGGUACAAGUCUUGAUGCCAUUCGAGCUGUAGUUAAUUCUGGAAAAAUAUGUGUUUUAAACCUUCAUCCACAGUCUUUGAAAAUCCUGAAAAAUUCUGAUCUUAAGCCAUAUGUAGUAUUUGUGGCUCCACCAUCACUUGAAAAACUAAGGCAAAAUCGUCUCAAAGCUGGAGACAAUCCAAAGGAUGAAGAGCUUAAAGAUAUUAUUGAGAAAGCAAGAGAAAUGGAGGAUAAUUAUGGUCAUUAUUUUGAUAUGGUGAUCAUCAACUCGGAUAUUGACAAAGCAUUUAAUGAACUUCUUAAAGAAAUAAAUACUUUAGAAAGAGAACCACAGUGGGUGCCUAAAAUAUGGCUCGGCAAUUAUACAAAUUAAGUAUAUAGCAAAGCUUGUGUAGAAGCCUAAUUCCAUAAUCUAGCUUAAUUUAAAAGCUAAAUUAUGUGUACAUUAAAAUGAGAGAAGUUUUAAAACAGUAUGAUGUACAUGUUGUAAAUUUAUUGUUGUGUUUCAAAUGAUUUUUUUUCUCAGUACUGCAUCUCUAAAUAUUAACGAUGACUGUAUAUGUGGAAAGGAGUGAAUUGUGCAUACGGAUUUUUCUAGUUGUGGCUGUUAUUUGUUUGAUAAGAAAGAAGCAUUUUUUUUUGUACAUAUAUGUAAAUUUUUAUGUAAAAAAAUAAUAAAUUUGGACUAAGCACAUGAA